CACAGGGGAGUCCGGGGUGCGCAAAGAGGAGGGGCCCCCGGGAGCUCUAUAUGGAGGAGGGAGCCCAGAAUGGUGUGCACCAGAAAGACCAAAACUUUGGUGUCCACUUGCGUGAUCCUGAGCGGCAUGACCAACAUCAUUUGUCUGCUCUACGUGGGUUGGGUCACCAACUACAUCGUCAGCGUGUAUGUGCGGGGACAGGAGCCGGCACCCGACAAGAAGCUGGAGGAGGACAAAGGGGACACCUUGAAGAUUAUUGAACGGCUGGACCAUCUGGAGAAUGUCAUCAAGCAGCAUAUCCAAGAGGCCCCCGCCAAACCUGAGGAGGCAGAGGCUGAGCCCUUCACAGACUCCUCUCUGUUUGCACACUGGGGCCAGGAGCUCAGCCCCGAAGGCCGGCGUGUGGCCCUGAAGCAGUUCCAGUACUACGGCUACAAUGCCUACCUCAGUGACCGCCUACCCCUCGACCGGCCCCUGCCUGACCUCAGACCCAGUGGGUGCCGCAACCUCUCAUUCCCCAGCAGCCUCCCAGAGGUGAGCAUCGUGUUCAUCUUCGUCAACGAAGCGCUCUCCGUGCUGCUGCGCUCCAUCCACUCAGCCAUCGAGCGCACACCUCCGCACCUGCUCAAGGAGAUCAUCCUGGUGGAUGACAACAGCAGCAAUGAGGAGCUGAAGGAGAAGCUGUCAGAGUAUGUGGACAAGGUGAACGGCCAGAAGCCAGGCUUCAUCAAGGUUGUGCGGCACAGCAAGCAGGAAGGCCUUAUCCGCUCCAGGGUCAGUGGUUGGAGGGCCGCCACUGCCCCCGUAGUGGCACUCUUUGAUGCCCAUGUGGAGUUCAACGUGGGCUGGGCUGAACCCGUGCUCACCCGCAUUAAGGAGAACCGGAAACGGAUCAUCUCGCCAUCCUUUGACAACAUCAAAUAUGACAACUUUGAGAUAGAAGAGUACCCGCUGGCCGCUCAGGGCUUUGACUGGGAGCUGUGGUGCCGCUACCUAAACCCCCCUAAGGCCUGGUGGAAACUGGAGAACUCCACGGCCCCAAUCAGGAGCCCUGCACUCAUUGGCUGCUUCAUUGUGGACCGGCAAUACUUCCAGGAGAUCGGCUUACUGGAUGAAGGCAUGGAGGUCUACGGAGGCGAGAACGUCGAGCUCGGGAUCAGGGUGUGGCAGUGUGGCGGGAGCGUGGAGGUCCUGCCCUGCUCGCGGAUUGCCCACAUUGAGCGAGCCCACAAGCCCUACACCGAGGACCUCACCGCCCAUGUCCGCAGGAACGCCCUCAGGGUGGCUGAAGUCUGGAUGGACGAAUUUAAAAGCCACGUGUACAUGGCAUGGAACAUACCCCAAGAGGACUCAGGAAUCGACAUCGGGGACAUCACUGCGAGGAAGGCUCUGAGAAAACAGCUGCAGUGCAAGACCUUCCGGUGGUACCUGGUCAGCGUGUACCCAGAGAUGAGGAUGUACUCAGACAUCAUUGCCUAUGGGGUGCUGCAGAACUCUCUGAAGACUGAUUUGUGUCUUGAUCAGGGUCCAGACACAGAGAAUAUUCCUAUCGUGUACAUCUGCCACGGGAUGACGCCCCAGAACGUGUACUACACGAGCAGUCAGCAGAUCCACGUGGGCAUCCUGAGCCCCACGGUGGACGACGACGACAACCGGUGCCUGGUGGACGUCAACAGCCGGCCGCGGCUCAUCGAAUGCAGCUAUGCCAAAGCCAAGAAGAUGAAACUCCACUGGCAGUUCUCUCAGGUACUCGUCAGUCACAGUGUGAUGAGGUCCACCAGGUUGCCUUUAGGAGGAGUCAUGCUGUCAGGAAAGAAAUUUACUAAGGUGUCAAACAGCUGAGUUCUUUGAGCACAGGUGUGAUCCACAUUGGAAAAGCCUAGAGCUGUGAAAUCUGAACCAGAUUUAAACAGAGCUGAAGCUAGGAGCUGAAACUCUUUUGUCUCUUCUGGGUCUGAAUGAUCCACAUUUAUAUAAAGAUCAUUUUGUAGAUAUUUCAGAGCACUAAGGGGAUCCAUUUGGGCCUCCUCUUCAAACCCGUGUUUUCUUAUGAGGUACUUGCAAUGCUCAGUAAGUAAUCUUUUGAAGGCCUACACAAUUUCAGUGACAAGAAGUCAUCUAAUCUCAUCUUUGGGGACCAAGAUUUUCCUGGAUUCCCACCAAAUAAAUAAUGAACCUUGUGUAGCUCAUCGUAUACA